AUGAGUGAUAUAGAUUUGGAUAAGAUCCUUUCUACACCUCAAGAAGUACCACAUUCCGUUGAGGUGGUACUGAGGAAAUUGGAGAUUGCUGAAAUGGGUCGAGCGAAACGAGUGAGUCAGAUUCCAAAAAGGGUUCCUCUUGUAACGCCCAUGAUCAUAUGCAAUUAUUGCUGUGAAGAAUUGUCAUAAAAAUAUGUAUUUAACAAGAGCAUAUGAGCCCAGCUAGCAUAUUUGGUUCCUUGGAAGUUGUGGGAACAUAUGUUUUUGGUUUCACUGACUGGUAAAAUGUAACGUUUUUUAAACGUUCUCAGAACAGAAGUAAACAUUUUGCCUGUGCUGGGAACGUUUAUUUUUAGGUUGCAGGGAGGUUCUGAGAACGUUUUACUCUGGUUCCUUGAAAGUUUUCCUGAGAGGUUUUAUUAAUGCUCUGAGAACAGAAAUGAUAUGUUAUUUGGAGAUUUUUUAAUAACUUUGUUAAAACUUUCUGAAUGUGUCAAUGAGAAUUUUAAUAACACUGCUAGCUUAUUUUGGGGUAACUUUUUGUUAAACUCCAAGCACAUAUGAAAGUACGUUUUUUUUGUCCAAUUCCUUAAAUGUGCUGAGAAUGUUCCAAAGCCAAGCAACUAUCCUGCAACAUUCCCAGAAAGUUGUGGGAAGGUUGUAUGCAAAAUAACCAUAGGACAACCACGAUCUCACCAAGCUCUAAGAAACAUAUGAGCUAGCUGGAAUGAGAUAUGAGCAUAGAUACCAAUAUUUUUUAUUUAUUUUUAUUUUACCUUUAUUUAACCAGGUAAACCAGUUGAGAACAAGUUCUCAUUUACAACUGCGACCUGGCCAAGAUAAAGCAAAGCAGUGCAAUAAAAACAACAACACAGAGUUACAUAUGGGGUAAAAAAACAUAAAGUCAAAAAAAUACAACAGAAAAUAUAUAUACAGUGUGUGCAAAUGUAGCAAGUUAUGGAGGUAAGGCAAUAAAUAGGCUAUAGUGCAAAAUAAUUACAAUUAGUAUUAACACUGGAAUGCUAGAUGUGCAAGAGAUUAUGUGCAAAUAGAGAUACUGGGGUGCAAAAGAGCAAAAUAAAUAACAACAUAAGGAUGAGGUAGUUGGGUGGGCUAAUUUCAGAUGGGCUGUGUACAGGUGCAGUGAUCGGUAAUAUCCCCUCACUACCUGUAGGUCAUAUGGCAGAGAAGCACUUUUUCAUAAUGCCAUGUGUUCUACUUCUUCAUCUAAUCACGUCAUAGUAGUGUGGCAUCCCUGUUUUUACGGCACAGGUGGUAGUGCACUCGCCCUACUGUAACCUCAGAGUCAGGUUCAAGUCCGUCUCCUGCUGUUCCCCUUCCAUCGUUACACAAUAGUCUUUGUAGUAGUAUUCCAUGUAGGCCUAUACAGUAUCUCCUAGCCUCAUACAAACCAUCCGAUGCGAGAUCAGGACGGUUUGUACGAGGCUAAGUCUCUCCCCUCCAGUAACCCUGGAUUGUAAACUGUCAGGGUCAAAAUAUGUUGAUACAACAGUAGCUAAGAUGGGGAGAAAUCUGUCCACAAUACAGCGCUGAUCUGCCUUUUUAACAACACUAUCAACAAGGCAGGUCCUACAGGCCCUAAUUUUGUCUCACCUGGACUACUGAUCAGUCGUGUGGUCAGGUGCCACAAAGAGGGACCUUGGAAAAUUACAAUUGGCUCAGAAUAGGGCAGCACGGCUGGCCCUUAAAUGUACACGGAGAGCUAACAUUAAUAAUAUGCAUGUAAAUCUCUCAUGGCUCAAAGUGGAGGAGAGAUUGACUUCAUCACUACUUGUUUUUGUAAGAAGUGUGCACCGAGGUGUCUGUUUAAACUACUAGCACACAGCUCGGACACCCAUGCAUACCCCACAAGACAUGCCACCAGAGGUCUCUUCACAAUCCCCAAGUCAAGAACAGACUAUGGGAGGCGCACAGUACUAAGUAGAGCCAUGGCUACAUAGAACUCUAUUCCACAUCAGGUAACUGAUGCAAGCAGUAGAAUCAGAUUUAAAAAACAGAUACAAAUACACCUUAUAGAACAGCGGGAACUGUGAAGAGACACACACAGGCACAGACACACGCUUACACAUACACAUGAUAAGACACGCACUCUACAGUCGUGGUCAAAAGUUUUGAGAAUGACACAAAUAUUAAUUUUCACAAAGUUUUCUGCUUCAGUGUUUUUAGAUAUUUUUGUCAGAUGUUACUAUGGUAUACUGAAGUAUAAUUACAAGCAUUCCAUAAGUGUCAAAGGCUUUUAUUGACAAUUACAUGAAGUUUAUGCAAAGAGUCAAUAUUUGCAGUGUUGACCCUUCUUUUUCAAGACCUCUGCAAUCCGCCCUGGCAUGCUGUCAAUUAAUUUCUGGGCCACAUCCUGACUGAUGGCAGCCCAUUCUUGCAUAAUCAAUGCUUGGAGUUUGUCAGAAUUUGUGUGUUUUUGUUUGUCCACCCGCCUCUUGAGGAUUGACCACAAGUUCUCAAUGGGAUUAAGGUCUGGGGAGUUUCCUGGCCAUGGACCCAAAAUGUCGAUGUUUUGUUCCCCGAGCCACUUAGUUAUCACUUUUGCCUUAUGGCAAGGUGCUCCAUCAUGCUGGAAAAGGCAUUGUUCGUCACCAAACUGUUCUUGGGUGGUUGGGAGAAGUUGCUCUCGGAGGAUGUGUUGGUACCAUUCUUUAUUCAUGGUUGUGUUCUUAGGCAAAAUUGUGAGUGAGCCCACUCCCUUGGCUGAGAAGCAACCCCACACAUGAAUGGUCUCAGGAUGCUUCUUUGUUGGCAUGACACAGGACUGAUGGUAGCACUCACCUUGUCUUGUCCGGACAAGCUUUUUUCCAGAUGCCCCAAACAAUCGGAAAGGGGAUUCCUCAGAGAAAAUGACUUUACCCCAGUCCUCAGCAGUCCAAUCCCUGUACCUUUUGCAGAAUAUCAGUCUGUCCUAGAUGUUUUUCCUGGGGAUAAGUGGCUUCCUCGCUGCCCUUCUUGACACCAGGCCAUCCUCCAAAAGUCUUCGCCUCACUGUACGUGCAGAUGCACUCACACCUGCCUGCUGCCAUUCCUGAGCAAGCUCUGCACUGGUGGUGCCCCGAUCCCACAGCUGAAUCAACUUUAGGAGAUGGUCCUGGCGCUUGCUGGACUUUCUUGGGCACCUGAAGCCUUUUUCACAACAAUUGAACCUCUCUCCUUGAAGUUCUUGAUGAUCCGAUAAAUGGUUGAUUUUGGUGCAAUCUUACUAGCAGCAAUAUCCUUGCCUGUGAAGCCCUUUUUGUGCAAAGCAAUGAUGACGGCACGUGUUUCCUUGCAGGUAACCAUGGUUAACAGAGGAAGAACAAUGAUUUCAAGCACCACCCUUCUUUUAAAGCUUCCAGUCUGUUAUUCUAACUCAAUCAGCAUGACAGAGUGAUCUCCAGCCUUGUCCUCGUCAACACUCUCACCUGUGUUAACGAGAGAAUCACUGACAUGAUGUCAGCUGGUCCUUUUGUGGCAGGGCUGAAAUGCAGUGGAAAUGUUUUUUGGGGGAUUACGUUCAUUUUCAUGGCAAAGAGGGACUUUGCAAUUAAUUGCAAUUCAUCUGACCACACUUCAUAACAUUCUGGAGUAUAUGCAAAUUGCUAUCAUAAAAACUGAGGCAGCAGACUUUGUGAAAAUUAAUUUUUGUGUCAUUCUCAAAACCUUUGACCAUGACUGUACACACACGUACACAUGGAUUUUGUAUUGUAGAUAUGUGGUAGUAGAGUAGUGGCCUGAGGGAACACACUUAAUAUGUGUUGUGAAAAGUGUUAUGAAAUGUAAUGUGUAAUAUUUUAAAUAGUCUAUAACUGCCUUAAUGUUGCUGGACCCCAGGAAGAGUAGCUGCUGCCUUGGCUGCAGCUAAUAGGGAUCCUUAAUAAAUACAAAUACAAAUAUCUACAGGACAUAGCAGAGAGACUGCACGUGAUCCUGAACAGUGUGAACAAGGCGCUGUACCGCACGCGCUUGGCCUCGGCUGUAGAGGAGGAGGAUGAUGACCUGCUAACACAAUCACAGCAUCUGGAGGAGAAGCGGAGGCGUGGCCAGCAGCUCGUCACUAUCCAAGCAUUCCUACAGUCCAACCUGGACAAGGAAAAUGAGCUCAGCGUGGUCCUCCAGUGGCUCAGAGACAUGAGUGAGUGGCACAGUGCAAAAAGCAGUUCAAAGUGCUUUAGAAUUGGACCAAAGCACUUCAGCAAUUGAUGCUACACUGCUUGCUCUUUAGGGGUUUAGGCCAGGAUACUGUAAAAAAACGUUGUGACAUUUGUUAGGGCUUUAUUAAUAACAUUUUAUUAAUUGGUUGAUCGCUAUAGACCAGGAACUGGUGGAGGUGGAGGAGGACGAGAACUUCCGGGAGGUGGAUGGCAUCACUGAGGAGUGGGUUGAGGAGAUGCAACACAAGAUCCAGAGGUUCAUGUCGGACAUCCAAGCUUGCAUUGUACGUCUUCACGAGCUUUGUGGAUUCCUCUUCGAACUCGACACCAGGAAAACCAAGAAGAUAGAAGCAGAACAUAAGAAGGGAGGUGUGUGGCACUGGUGGCUGGAGUCAAAAGUUGACGCCAGGACCAUACUGAAGAUCCAGGAGCUGCAGCCGCCCACAGUGGACCGCAUGAUGGCGGACCCCAGCCUGGCCACCAAGUCUUCCACAGAUCUCUCCUUCAUGCUGGGUGACAUCGCCAAGUCCAUGUCCUGCAACAAGGCCAUGAGCAUGGCCUUUAAGUUCAUUCAGACGGGGCUCCACAACCUAAAUGAGGCUCUGCAGGAGCGCACUGGUGAGGCCCACAAAGCCCAGGCCCAGCUGGAUGAGAUGAAGGCUGAUGACUGCCAUGCCAACCUGGCCCGUGCCAAAGCAGAGCUGGAAGGGGGCAAGAGGAUGAUCACCGAACUUGAGAGAGAUAACUAUAACCUUCAGGAGGAGAUCGCAGCGCACAAGUUCCAGAUCCACAAGCUGGAGGGGAUGGUCAGGUCAGGUCAACAGGGUCCUGUGAUUAAAGUGAUUGAGCAGGUGAUGGAAUUCCCCAUGACUCAGAGCCAAACCCAGCCAGAGAGCACCUCAGCCCCAUUCAAGCCAAAAUAUCCCAGACGGCCCCCUCCGUCCAAGAAGGAGCAGAAGCCAAAGAUAGCCCCAUCAGUGGUGGAACCACAGCUACCCAAGAGCCCACCCAAAACUACGGACGGGACGGAGCCAGAGCCCGAGCCCAUUGAGGAGGAGUAUGUCGAAGAGGAGACGUAUGAAGAGGAGAUACCUCCCACACCUUCCCCUGUGUCUGAAGAGGAGAUCGAGGCCGAGCCAUCACCUGAUGAAUUGGACCUCUUUGAGGCCAUAGAGAAGAACAGCACCAGCCUCUUGGAUGGCUUCCAGUCAUCUGUGUUCAACAUAAUUGAAAAGUCCCUCAGUGUUCAGGGGAUGGGCCUAGAGGCAGACAAGGCCAACGAAGCCAUCAAACUCUACAUCAUCCUUCAGCAAACCAUCCGAGACUCCUUCAACAAUAUCACCUCAAAACUCCACGGGUUAUUUACAGACAGCAUCCUGGGCUUGCCGUUUGAGGAGGACAAAGUGGCCCGGGCGGGGUUCUGGGACGACACCACCAAGUCACCAGGGGACAUGCUCAAAGAGAUCAACUCUAUGUUCGUCAGGCAUGACCAGAACAUUGAGAGUUUGGGCGCCAAUGUGCACAUGCUCAUGAAAGAAGACAAGAACGCCAAGUCUGCUUCCAAGAAAGGACUCCGCCAAGAAUGCCGUCACUCUGUGUCUGAGGUCCUGAUCCAGUUGAAGAACAUUAACAACAUGAGCAAGCAGCAGGCCUGUAAGAUGCGCCUGGCCCUGGAAAGACUCAUAGACAUGUACAACAAGUUGGAUAGGGAGCCCAAGACUGAGGAGGAACAGCCAUCCACCAGCCAUUUCUCCAUCUCGUCCUCUGACAGCUUCGUAGAGGAAGAGGAGAUCAGAGUGGAGAAGAAACGCCACCACCACAUCGAGAAACCUGUCAAAGUACUGGUAGAGAAGCGAAUCAGGAGGAGCCCUACCCCACCUCAGACAAUGAGACAGGUACUGAAACCUAGACUUAUAGAGACAGCCGACCAGGAGGACCUGGAGCGGUAUAAGAUGGAGAUUGUGGAGGAGGGGAGGAAGAUAGAGAAGACGGUGAUGGUGGGGGCGACCUACCAGGUGAACGUGGAGUCUCAGAGGACCAACCUGAAGCUGCUCAGGCAGGCGGUGAUCAGCGGGGAGAUCUCCACUGAGCUGUACAGCAUGGCCAAGGACCUCAUCACACACAUUCUGGGCAUGGAUGAGAUGAGACUGGCCUGCCUGCUCCGCAAGUUCAUGGCCUACAGAUCAGUGCAGCAAGUCAGGUAUGAUAAGAAUUUAUGCUCAUACUCUUUUUUGGUAUAAUUAUUUUGUUCAUAUGAUUCACGUGCCCAUUUAUUGAACAGAACUUGUAUUUUUGGAAUUCAACUUAUUUUUCAACCUCUAUUUUUCAUUUUCAGGUACAAUCUGAAUAUGCAGUUACUUGCUGCUCGGGAGCUAAAGGAUGGGCAGUCGGUAAAAGAAAUAUACUCCUUCCUGACGAAACUGGAUGUGUACCAGAAACGGAUGUUACGUCGGUGGAGUGCUAAACAAGCUGCUAUUGAACACAGCCGCAAGACCUGCCUUGCUCGCAUGCUCUAUCUAUUCAGUGAGGUGAGGAGGAAUAGUAGACACAAACCUUAAUAUAGUGCUACAUUCAAAUUAAUUUCACUGCCUUUGAAUCGUUCUCCUACAGACGUAUGGCUUUACAUGUGGCUUUAUCAUUGGCUAUCUUUAAUGAUGUUGUGGUCAUUUAAAAUGUUAAAGGUGCUCAAUGGAACAUUUGAAACCCAAUGGGCUCAGAGCCUUUCCUCAAACACAUACGUUUUAGAAUGGUCAUUCCCAUGGAAAGCAAACUCUGUUGAUCUAAAUCCAUUCUAUGUGAAGCUGCGAUCCUGCUUCAGGAAGUGGGCGGUACAGUUUUCCUACUUUUGUUUUCUCCGUUGGGUAUUUCAACAGAAAAUAUACAAGAGUAAUGGCUGUUCAGAAGGUACUUCACAGCGUAUUAUUUGGACUGUACAACCAUACUUUAUGUUAUACUUUGACAUUUAGAUGGUUAGAUUAGUAAACGAUGGCACAAGACUUAUUACUACACAGCACCUUUAAAAUAAAUAAAUAAAUCAACCACAAUUCCUAAAAUGUCCUCAGAUAAGACAAGACUACAACGUGCACCUGCUCACCCCGUUCCUGUGCCCCAGCCACUCCCGUCAACACCUGACCAUCAAGUCCCACAAGCUGACGUGGUCCCUGAACCCUGGCUGCCAGCGCCGCCUCCUGCCCUCUCCAGCCCAGACCCCCCACCUGGUGAUGCCCGCCUCAGAGGCCGGACCCCUGAGCGGAGUCAGGUACAGGGACCCCCACUGUGAACCCCCACAUUAUUGUGAACUCAUUAAAUAGCCUUUAUGUUGCUGAAGUAAAUUAUUAUUCAUGUACCCAUACUGCAAUGUUUAGCCUCAGCUCUCCCUUCCCUUCCUAAUUGGUACAGAUACAGUAACUCAGUGCUCUGUCUCUCUCAGGCAGCUGUUGAGGGGCCAACUACCCACACUUUGGCAUUGUAAUCUGACCAUGAACAACAUGCAGCUGGCCAGGAAGAUGGCCGCUCCCCCCUGCAACCUCUCCUCCAUCCCCCUGCUGAUGGAGAUUGACCUCAGCCGAGCCACCGCACUGCGCUCCGCACAGGGCAGGUAAGACCUCACACACUGCAUCAACUGGCAUAUCCAUGAUAUCAAUGGACAUAGUGUGGUGCAGUUAGGAGCUUAGAGAGCAAUACAAGGCAAUAUCUUAGUAUUUUAGGAUUAUGUCCUUCCCCCUGGUGAAAGGUAUAGGCUGCUUCUAAAUUCUCAUUGGCUUGUGAUGUGUGAAUGGGAAGCCACUGCACUUCUUGAGUGCUGGAGGGGCAAAUUGGCCUCCGUGUUUUAUUACAGUGAUAUUGGAUAUUAAGAGAGCAAGGCACAGGAAACUGACUUUUGUCCUCUGUGUGUAGUGUACCCAGCACAAAAAUUUAAAGACAAGCUAAACUAAAGUUUGAGUUACUAUGUUCUCUUCUCUUCUCUGUCUCAGGAUGGUUGGGGGACAGCUGCUGCUUGCUAGAGGAGACGUGUAG